UUUCACUUUCAAGAUUAUUUACAUUAUAAAAGUAAAAUCGUAUUACUUUUUAUAAGCCUUAUUUGUGUGUAAAUAUCAAAUAAAAAAAAAAAACUGUGACAAGUUAUUGUGUUCAAUAUGUUAGGUGGACUGCGGCUUAAAAUAUCGUAUACUUACGAGAGAUCUUGUUUUGCUUAUAUCAGUCCAAAGUACAGUACUAACAAAGAACAGUCACAAUGUGUACAAGUCCUUAUAAAAGAGAAGCAGAUAUUCCUAUGGGUGGUAUUCAGUAGUAAUAUCCCCGAGGGUCACAUUGCCUGCAAUCCUAUUUAUUGCAAGCUUGUAGGUUUGGACGAAGGCAGUGAGGUUUUUGUCUCACCAUAUACUAAUGUUAAGAUUCUGGAUGAAUUAUUUAUUGAUACUGAGAGCCCAGAUGAUCAAGAGAUACUGGAGCACAAUGCAGAAGUACUACAACUCAGAAUACUUGAUCAACUUAGACUUGUGGUCGCAAAUCAAAAAGCAAUAGUGUGGAUAUCCACAUCAAUGCCAAUCAUAUUUACACCAAAACAAACUGGUAUUAUCGUGAAUAACAGUCGAGUUGUAGUCAAAAUAGAUGCAUUUAACACUUUUCAUAAAACCAUCACAUAUCCACCAAAUCUACCUAAAGAAUCUGAUACAAAAUUUAAUAACAUAGGUAUUAUUAAUAAUGCAUUAUUAGAGCCUUAUUUAAAUGUACCGAAAAGGCUGGUUUUAAGAGCUCUGCCUAUAGACAGUGAUGGUAAAAAGAACCUUAUACAUCCUUAUACAGUAUUUAUACAUGAAGAUUUAAUUCAUGUUAAAUAUAAAACUUUAACGGUUAUAUUAGCUACUAUGGAGCAAAUACCUUCAAUAUUAAAAGAAAAUGAAGAAGACAGUGAUAAUAGUAAUUUAGAUGGAAUUUGUGUUGAAAUAGUUCCGAUUGACAAUGUUGUGUUCAGAAGUUUAUGUCACGAAGUUUACAAUAUGAAUAUUCCAACUGUGCUUAUACCGAAAGCAUUAAAUUCUAUUAUAAAUAUAGAAAAUGGUACUAAAAUAAUAUUUAACAUAAUAGGUGAUAAUGUGGAGCAUCCUGAACAUGUAGAUAUUAUAACAUAUUCGGAUAAAAUACAAACUGAAAUUGAUGUGAUUGAAAAAUUCAAGAAAUGUGUUGUAGAUAAUACACAUUCGGGUAAAAAGUUUCUUAUAAACCACAAUAUGGUUAAACAGAAUAAUCAAAUCAGUUCUGGUUAUCUACAGUUUAAAUUAAAACCGGAUAAUGUGAAGUACACAAUGCUUAAUUCGGAAUCAUUUAGACAUUGUACAGUGUCAGCGAAAUGUCUCACAGAUUCAGAACUUUCCCUCCCAAAGCCCGUAUCUAAUUUGGAUUAUGAUUACAAGAAUUACUGUAGGAAUAUAAAACCUGUACAAAGUCUGGUUGAGAAGGUAGUGCUGCAUUUACAGUUUGAGAUACAUAGAGAGGCUAAUUUUAAAGGUGUGUCGGAAAUAAAGAGCAAUGUUCUUAUUACUGGCUUAAGUGGUACAGGUAAAUCAAGUUUAUGUCACAUAGUACAGAAGGAGUUGACCGUAUGGUCUCAUAUACUGCAUUGUCGGUCACUAAAAGGAAGGAAGGAUAUUCCGGAAGUGCUUGGCAAAGCUAUCUUAAUGUGUCAGGAGCACAGUCCCGCUGUACUGAUAUGUGAUGACCUGGAUGCAUUAGUGCCGCCUAAUAUAGAAGGUUCUUCACCCCAGGAUAUAGCAUACUAUCAAAGAUUAGCAGUAGUGAUAAAGCAAUUACUGCAGACUUGCUCUGGCGUGUGCGUGCUGAUGACGUCACUGAGCACGAAGUCCCUCCACCCCACGUUAAGACAGUUCACCGGCAAACCAUUGUUUACAGCGCAGUUUGAUAUACCUGAAUUGGAACAGGAAGACAGGGUGGAGUUAUUUAAACACUUAAUAAAUGACAAAAUAAGGUCGUCAUUCGAAGUGGACGACGAUGACGUCAUCAAGAUGGCGAUGGACACCGCCGGCUGUUCCGUCAGAGAUGUCACAGAUUAUCUCAAUAAAAAGAUAUUCAAGGCUGUUAAGAAAAAAAAGUCUCAAUCUGAUGAUUGUAAGCCAAGGCUGGUAGAAGACAUCACAAGGGACGAGGACAAAGCAAAAGGUUUCGAUAUCUGGGGUCCAGUGGGAGGUAUGGAGGAGGUGAAACAAGUCCUCACCGAAUGCAUAUUCUGGCCAAUGAUGUACCCCGGGCUGUUCCCGUCUCAGUCGUGCGGCAUCCUGCUGUACGGUCCGCCGGGCGCGGGCAAGUCGCACCUGGGCUCGUGCCUGGCGCGCCUCGCUGACGUCACGCUGCUCACCGUCAAGGGCCCCGAGCUGCUCUCCAAGUACAUAGGACAGAGCGAGAAGGCUGUCAGGGAUGUGUUUGACAAGGCCGACAUGAAGCGACCAUGCAUCCUGUUCUUCGACGAGUUUGACAGCCUCGCGCCCAAACGCGGGCACGACUCUACUGGCGUGACAGACCGCGUGGUGAACCAGCUGCUGUCCCGCAUGGACGGGGCGGAGGGCGGCGCGCGCGGGCCCGUGCUGGCCGCCACCUCGCGCCCCGACCUGGUGGACCCCGCGCUGCUGCGCCCCGGCCGUCUGCAGCGCCACGUCUACUGCGCACUGCCCACACAGCAAGAUCGUUACGAGAUCCUGCUGACCCUGGCCAAGGACGUGGUGAUAUCGGAGGAGGUGGAGCUGUCGGCGCUGGCUGCGCGCACGGAGGACUUCUCUGCCGCGGACCUCAAGUCCUUGCUGAUCACCGCGCAGCUCACCAGACUGGAGAAGAACCUCGUAAGUAAAGAAAGCAGCAGUAUGGAGAGGGUGGAGGUGCUGCCGGAGGACGUGGAGUCAGCGCUGCAGGAGACCAAACCCUCGCUGUCUAAGGAACAGAGGCUCUUCUAUGACACAAUUUACCGUAGGUUCCGCGGCGAGCCGCUGUCAGCUGAGCAGCGUCAAGUCUCACAACUUAUGCAGAAACAACGAGUUACUUUAGCUUAGUAUACAAAUAAAACUUCAAGUUACUAAACCCUCUCUAUAACGCGCUCGAUGGUUACGCGUUAUAGAGAAUCCCCGUUUAAAUCGUUUUUCAACUUCAGAGAUAAAUCGCGUUAUAGGAGCGAAAUCGCGUUAUAUAAGUUAUAUGGGGGCUAGUGUUAAUGAAAUUAAAAUGUAAGAGAGCGCGUUAUAGGGGGGUUACUGUAUUUUAUUACUAGCGAUACCGUGCUUUAUCCGAAUUUGCUACAAUAUAAAAAUUACUUGUAUACAAGAGCUUGUAUGAAGUGUUUUUUUAAAUAUAUUCGGUACAUGAAUUAACUAACGCUUUUACUUAUAUUUCAUAACUUUAAGCUAUAUUUUAUGGUAUAUAAGGGUAUAAGUUAUGCUUGGCACAGCUUAAUUGGCUACCAAAGACAUUUUAUUAUUUUUUAUUUAAUUAUAUAGGCUUGAUUUAUUGGUAUUGUACAAUUUAAAAAUAUAGUUAGUUUAAGUAUAUUAAUUAUUAGCUUUUGUUAGUAAUUUAAUUAACAGUAGGUUUUUUAGGUGAAUGUUUACGAAGUAAUUUUGUUAAAUUUUAUUAAGGAACAAAUAUUUUAAUAUUUUUUGAUAUGUAA